AUGGAUCUCGUUCAGAAGUUUGGCCACCUCAAGCACGACAGACGCCGGAGCUCUCUGCAACAGCAACUUGCGGAAGAGGAACGCCACCAGAAUCAGAUGGCUAUCAACUCGCUAUUAGGAAGCUUUGGAGGGGCAGCAAACGACCAUCCGGACCGACGAUCCAGUGGUGCGGGGAAUAUGGCGGCCAUGAUUGAGGAGUUCAACAGACGGAAAUCGAUGACCCCGGAUGCGAACACCGAUGAGAAACAGUGA